AUGACGGAGGGAGAGCCUGGGGGAAGCUGCGAGCAGCAGACCCAAGCCAGCGCCGGCAGCGGCACCAGCGAUGGCACCGGCGCCGCCGCCGGCUCGGACGCCAGCAAGAAGCAGCGGCAGCGCCGCACGACGCCAGCCUCGCCCGCCUGCCGCAUCGCCGGCUGCAGCCAGGCACUCACCCACUCCUACAACAAGGCAAGCAUGCGAGCCGGUCAUGCCGCUCGGAGCAGCCCGCUGCACCGCAUCUGUGCCGCCCACCGGGCCGCGCUGCAGAUCGAGGUGGCGGGCCAGGCGCAGGCGCUGCGCUACUGCCAGCAGUGCACCAAGGUGCACACGGUGGACGAGUUUGGCGGCGACGCCCGCAGCUGCCAGCACAGCCUGCAGCGGCGGCGGCAGCGCAAGCGGCGGCAGCUGCAGCGCGAGGCGGGCGGCGGCGGCGACCCCGCCCACGACUGCCAGCCGGAGCCGGAGCCACGGCAGCAGCCUGGCAGUAGGCCGGGAGAGCGGUCGCCGAGCCAGCGGCAGCGGCAGGCGUCGUUUGGGGCCAGCAGCGGGGCGGCGCCAGCUGGAGGCGCCAGCUGGCGUGGCAGCCCGGCCAGCGGCGGCACUCUAUCCCAGGCUGAGGAAGACCCUGGGCUGCAAGGUCAGCCCUGGGAGCUCCAGCCGGGAGGGCACCCGCCGGCGCAGCUGAUCCGCUGCCACUCGGCCCCGCAGCCGCUGACGGCUCCCAUGUCGGCGCCGCCGACGCCGCCCGUGCUCCUCCCCCCCACGCCGCAGCCCUCGGCGCUGCAGCAGCACCCUCAGCUGCUGAUUGCAGGGCGGCAGCUGGGGGGGCAGCAGGCCCUGCAGGGUCAGCUCCCGCUGCUGCCUGAUGUGCCAGCGGAGAUACGCACCGGCCCCUGGCAGCCCGGCCCGGGCCCCGACAAGCCAGCGCUGUCGGCGACAUCGGCCGCUGCGCUGCCACCGUACGCCAGCCCCCAGGCCCUGCCUCCCACGCGCGAACUUCACUGGUGCCAGCAGCAGCCCGCCGCGCCACGCCUGGGCCGGGCAUGCAGCGUGCCCGCCCCCGGCAACCUGCCGCCGGUGCCGCUGCUGGCGCUGCGGACGCAGCCCUGCCCCCGCUUGGUGGAGCAGGCGGCUUGGCUGCUGGAAGACGACCUCGGCCUCCUCAUGGGAGAUGGGCACAAUGUGGUGCCCAGCGAAGCGGAAAUGCUGGCUAUAGCUCAGGAGCUGGAGGCCGCCCACCCGCAGCCUGCGCCCCAGCUCCCUGUGCUGCCUCAGGAGCAGCUGCCGGCGGCGGCGGCGGCGCCAGCGGCAGCGCCAGGGUGGCCCGCAUCUCCGGCGCUGGCGCUGCUGGCUGCGCAGCAGGCGCAGCGGGCGCAGCAGGCCGCGCACGCGCUGCACCUGCAGUGGCGGCAGCUGCUGCAGCAGGAGCAGGGGCUCGCUCCCUUUCCGUCGCGUUUCUUCCAGACCACGCCUUUUGACCGGUGA